GCUUCUCUCUGCGUCAGGAAACGUGGAGAAAUAGGAGACUGCGGACAGCGCGCUGUAUCUUGUUUUAGAAAAAGAUAGGUACCUCUGACGGGACUGUCUUCUCUCCCAAGCGUAAAAGUUAGAGGGAGACAAAGUAACUGACUACACGCGCCAUGUGCGGUUAAGUUAGCGAACGCGGAGAGUGGCUUGGCCAUAUUUAGUUACGACGCCGACAAUUCAAACCAACGCGUAUAAUCGCAAGAAUUUGGCAGUAAGGCUGGUUAUGCGUCGUCGCGAGUGCCGUUCGAGAAAUAAAUGUCGCGCGUCUUUGUGGUACACGCGCGGUUUCGUAUUGUAAUCAAUCGAAAGUGUCAAAUUGUAUGAAGAAUGAAAGUAACUGCGAGGAAAAGUUGGAGGAAAAGGAAAAGGAGGAGAAUUGGAAAGUACCGAGUGAUAACGAAACGGAUGCCUAAUGAGAACGUGUGUGCCUGUGGCGUAGUCGUGGAUCUACCGAAAUCACGAAGUUCGGUCAUCCAGGGAAAACUGACAAUCCUCCUGCCCAAGACGAAGGGCAACAAGUCGGAGGGGAAGGGCUCGCGAAAGCAACCCGAUGACGGACGAGUACCAAAGACUCGUACGUCAAACGAGACCGGGAGCAGCAGCACGGUGACGGAACCCGCGAGGUCCACGAUGAAGAGCAACAAGCACGAGAAGCGGCUCACUCACUCGCGGAGGACUCGAAGCGCUGACAGAGCCGAGUCGCAUUACACUUACAUCGAUUCGGGCUCGAGUGUCCUCGGCGGUGGGAUCCGUGAGAAUACCAUACCGGAAGCGCUAUACGCCACCAUACCGGACACCGUGCCGAACGUGAUCGUCACCGAGACCGGGACGAGUCGGUCGAAUUCGCAGAGCAGAUCGCAACCUCUUUACUCCGCUAUUCCGUCUAUGACGUCGCCGCCGCCGACGUACGACGUCGCGAUUGCAAAAACGUGGCAGACCGGUCUACCACCGACGUACGAGGAGUAUCUCUAUCACAAGUACGCGAUGAUGUCACGCUCGCAUACUCCUCCGCCACCGUGGUCCGACUCGACGACGACGACGACAACGUCGACGUCUAACCCGUCUUCAAGUAUUCAGGCACGACGCGAGCUCUUGGCCAGCCAGCCCGAGCUCCGCGAGUAUCUAACGCAGCUGACGCUAAGCGAUCGUGGCUCGCAAUAUCAAUAUCAACAGCAGCGACAACAAUCUAGAGACGCUACCUGCUCGGUCCCGAGGGAACAGCAGGUCAGAGUGCAGCAGCAACGUGCGCGGGCAAUGCCUCUCAGAUCGCAGAGCGAAAGUCGAGCGCAACAGCAACGAAUUGCGGCGAUGUAUACGGAUGCUGCGUUUUGCAUGGAAACCACAGUACUGCAGUCGGCUUUCGAUUCCGGCCAAGGAUUUGCCCUCUGCAGCUUGAUGUAAAAGGACCGAGCAGCUUCACUUCGAAAGUUGCAGGAAGGCUGAUACCAUCAUCAAUCCACGAUCGAGUUCAUCCGCGAAUGUUUUUCUUGAUAGUUGAAUUGCGUCGCAGAAAGCGUUUGCGAAACCACUCGACUGGAUUGAUGACGUAUUAGCCUAUACUCGCAAUUCAUGUACGCAACGAGAUGCAGCGUUGUUGAAACAUCGCGUCUCGGUGCUUUUAUGAAUUUAAUAAAUAAAGCCUCAUAAUUAGUACCGAUUCCUGAUAGUAAAAUAUCAUUGCCUCAUAAGUACAUGUGAAUAUGUAAGUAUUAAAUGGUAUAUCGAUUCCUAAAUGGUAUCUACUUGAAAGUAUCAAUUCUCUAUAAUAUUAUUUUCCGGAUGCAAUCGGUAUUACAAUUCUACGCACUUCUUUACGCUAGGUAUCUAGGAUACGUUCGUCAUUUAUAACUAUAAUUGUCACUGUUAAAAAUAUCUGUUAAUUUUUAAUUUAAUUUUUAUAGACAACUACGAAAAAGGAAAAGCAAGGAAAUAUGUCUAUAUAUAUAUGUUCAUAAACAGAUAUUUAGAUAUUUAGAAUAACUUUUAGAACAAAAAAGUAAUAAUAAUUCACAAUAAAAUUAAGCUAUUUCGCAACAUUUUCUAUAAUAUGAAUUAUAAGAUUGAAACUUUUUGAGAAAAAUUAUUCUGAGUAAAGAAAUGUGCACUCUUUCUUUUAUAGAAUAAAAGUCGCCAAACGACGAGUUUCGAUACUUGCUAUCCAAUUCUCGCUCUCCAAACGAUAGUGAUGUUUGACGCCAAAUAGCUCUUCCAGGUCUUUUACCUGAAAAAGACACAGCACAAGCAACGAGGCCGUCGAACACACAUGAGAAAGCAAGCUUUGUAUUCGCAGGAAAUCAGAAUUUGCGACAACGUGUCAUAGAGCAAGUUUCGCUUUUUUUUCGUGUGUCCAUAAAGGAAAUGAGGAAAUCUGGUGACCCGAACCGAUCAGAGAUACCGAGGGCAAUUCGACAGGAGAUAGAUCAGGUACACGAUUUUGCCGUUUGCUCCGUUCGGUCACAUAAGGAACAAAGACGGAUAACGAACACGGAUAAUUUUUUCGGAUCGACGAAUAGAGAGACAUUUCUAGCUUUUCGGACGAACGAUAGUUUCAGUCGGUCUCUGCGGGUCGUAUAAGCAUCGUAUAUUGAAACACAGUUUCAAUUUUUCAAACGCUAUGGAAUUUCUCUGUCGGACGACGAUUGUGGUCACUAUACUUCUUUCAAAAGAAAAAACUAUUUCGCGUCAAACAUCAUAUUCAAGAAUGAAAAUUAAAUAUUAAGUCAUAUGAUGACUUUAUACAAUCUCAUUUUCUGGAAUUAUAAUUUACAUUAAAUCCAAUUUACCCGUUAAUUCGACAGUUUCAUAAUUCGUAAAAUAGAGAGCGUUGCGGAAUGAAAUUCCAAAAGCGAGAAUUAAUAAUAGAAUUUUAUUUUUUAUUGAACUGAGGAAAAACUUUAUCACGAACGGAAUUUAAUUUGAGCUUUAAUAACUACGAUAUUCAAUGUUAUAAACUGGAAAGUUAGACAUUUAAUUCGAAUCUCAAAUUAAUUUUUUUUUCUACAAAAAUACGAUUCUCCUCCUUCGCGACAAAUAAUUGCUGUUCUGAUCAUUUUCAAUUACAUAGAAAUAUGUAGAAAUUAUUUUAGCUGUAUUUUUUUGCGUUGGGUGAUUUAUAAUUGCAAUGAUAGUAACUAGAAAAAAAACUUGUUAGCGAAGCUAUUUUUCAUUUCGUUUAUUAUACUCAGUUUUAAACUGUCGUUUUUAGUGUUUAGCUGAGACAAUUUAUAAAUAAGCGAAUGCUCUGCGGGUAUUCGAUAUUUAACAUAUACAGUCCUAACAACAUACAAAACAGAAAGUAGUAUGUAAAGUUGAUGUGAUGAUUAAUAACGUGUUACGUAGCGUAGCGUGAUUACGAUGCGUGCGCGUCAAAGUAACGCGCGAGUAUCGCGUUAAAAGUCACUAUCAUAGGCGUAAUAAAAUAGAAGAAGUAUAUAGUUUUUAGUCAAAUGUGAAAUUCAUGCACUUAUUAAGUUCAAGUUAAGUGUACGUCACGAGCGAAUCGCAUACGUUAUUUUCUCCUACUAUCUUACAAUUAGGGUUAAAAAUCGAGUGGAGCAAAAUUUAGUAUUAUAUUUAAUCAUAGUAUAUAUAUGUAUAAAAAGUUAGGGAUGUAUAGAUCGCAUAACUUUCGUAUCGCAACUCAUCGCAACUCGUAAAUGAACUUGUCACUGUGUAACGUAAAAUAUAUUUAAGAUACGGAAAGAUUUUCGUUAUAUCGAAAUUUUUCCAUCGGUUUUGUAAUGUUUUUCUAUCGACGAGGUAUUGAAACGUGCAAAACUAAGGACUGAUACUCGCCAUGGGACAGAAUGAUACUGGUCACAUCAAUACAAGUGUUAUCUCUUUUUUUUUCCUUUGUUAUUUUAUUUUACGCAUACAUGUGCAUACAUACACACACAC